UGGGCUGGUCUUGGAGAGAGAAACCCACUGAGACCCCCACCGGGACCCCCACAGGACAGCCUGCUGAGCCUCAGAACCCCCAGUGUCCCCACAGCCAUGAAGGUGACGCUGUGCCUCGGGCUCGUCCUCGCCCUCGCCGUGGCCUCCUGCCUGUGCCGGCCACCAGCAGAGCCACCAGCUGCCCUGGGGGACCCCCAGCAGCCCCUCCCCAGCCUGGCCCGGCGGGACUGGCCCAAGUACCUGUCCCAGGAGCAGCAGCACCUCCUGUCCCAGUUCCUGCCACACGUCCUCACAGAGCUGAACAAGCACGAGGCCUUUGUGCAUGAGGAUGAGGGGAUGGAGGCUUUGCACGACCACUUCUACCCCGACUGGAUGGACUUUGGCCGCCGCAGUGCUGAGGAUGAGGCUGGUGCUGCGUAGCUGCUGGGCUGGACUGGCUGGGCAGAGCACUGCCACGCUCAGUGCGUGCCCUUUC